CCGCGCGGAGAUGCCCUUGACCUCGCAGUGGCCUCUGACAGACCGACCGGGUCCUCCGACUCCUGCGCCCACUCCUGGGUCCUGGCCUGCGCUCUUCGACCUCCGCGCAAGACACCCACCAGAGAAGCGGACUCUGCGCGCUCCCGGCGAGGCCAGGCCCGGGGCGGGAAGCGGGUGGGGACCAGGCGCGACGCACGAAAGACCCCUGGCCAGCGGCGUCUCGGAACUGCCAGGUCAAGGCUGCAAGCCGGCCUCUGCUCCCCCCGUGAGGCCCUUCUAUGUCCGGCUGUGCGGUCAGCGCCUCCCGAGCGCCGCACCGGGCGCAAUCAAAGCCUGCAGCGACAGCGGAGCCGGAUGCUUGAGGCCUAGCUGCUUCCCACCCCACAACCCCACCUCUGUGGAGGCACCACCUGAAUGUCACAAAUCUCUACCCACCCCGUGUACCACCUGUGUCUGGUGCCCGCAGGACAGGACCGUCCCCAGCCUCAUCUCAGACCCACAGCCCCCCGCCUGUGUCCUGUCGCAGCCACCUUGCACUUGAUGGUGCUAGGCUUUACUUGGAGCUGAGAUGGCCACCUGGGACUGGACUAAACUUCAGAGAAGAGGUCCUCACCAGAGAAAAUGCUCAAGUGGGCGGGCAACUACCUAUCACCAGACUGCGGUGGGCGUCCUGGUGACACCCUUCUAGCCUGGGGGUGGGCUCUCGGCCUCCCACCGCCCCCAACAGCUCUGCC